AUUAGAUAAGUUUAUUUCAAUUUUAUGAACUUGUAAUCAAACAAAUUAUCAUGAAAAUUUUGCCUCUAUGGCUACAGCUAUUAAGUUAACUAGAUAUGUCAGUUCGGGAAUGUAGUGCUGUAAAGACGACUGCUUACAGCUUGGCACAACCUGUAGAAACCGGAACAGUGUUACAAGACUCACUUAAAAGAAAGUGGGUCAUUGGUAAUGCGAUCGGUCAGGGUGGUUUCGGCCGAAUCUACGAAGUUAAACUUGAGGGUGAAAAAGCUUAUCAUUAUGCUGCUAAGAUAGAACCCCAAGAAAAUGGACCGCUUUUUACUGAAAUGCAUUUUUACAUGCGAGCAUGUUCUGAGAAUGCAAUCAACUCAUGGAAGUCGAGUCAUUCUCUUAAAUACCUUGGCAUUCCGAGAUAUAUAAGCAGUAGGUCGAUUAAUCUAAAUAAAACAGCUCUUCGAUUCCUUGUGAUGGAUCGUUUCUCUGGAGAUUUCGAAUCCACAUUAAAGAAUCGUGAAAUAUCUGCAUCUGGUAUUCUUGAAGUCAGCGCAAAUGUGCUAAGUGCACUAGAAUAUAUGCAUUCAAGAGACUACGCUCAUGCAGAUAUUAAAGCUUCUAAUCUUCUUCAUUUAUCGUCCAAACAAGAGGUUUAUUUAGCUGACUUUGGUCUAGUCCACUUAUUUCGUUCAAAAGGUGUACAUACUGUUGAGAAACCAGAUCCUAAAUUUCGACACAAUGGAACAAUAGAGUUUUGUUCACGAGAUGCACAUACUGGACUCCCUCCAUCUCGUCGUGGAGAUUUGGAAAUUCUACUGUUCAAUCUUAUUCAUUGGUUGGCUCGAUCUCAUCUCAAUGCUCCUCAGUUACAUUCCACUGGUCUUCCUUGGGGAUAUCUCAUUUCAGACCCUAAAUUACGGGCGUUGAUAUGGAGAUAGGAUAGCGGCACAAAUGGCUUACGGAGAGGCUGAGCACUUCAAGGUCACUUAUGCACGCUGUGAUUGGUAGAUUUUCCUUUGCGUAAACGUUGCGGCUAAUACGUGCCUUACGUUACUGAAGCGGGCUUUGAAAUAGCAAUAAUAAAAGCGGAUAGACAUUAUAUUUUUUAGCUUAAGGGACCAAGUUAACGUGCUUAUAAAUUUCACAGAUGUGAGAAGCAUUAGAUCCACUUACAAGGAGAAUACUACUGGGUAACUUGAUCAAAGAAAUAUAAAGUUUGGGGAUUUUAUCUCUUUCAGUUAAUUGUAACGGAUGGAUAAGAGUCACGUGUAUAAUAUUUGCUUUUUAUAGAAGAGAAAAUGUGACAGGUGGUUUGGAAUUUACACAAUUCCUGAAAUAUAUCGUGGAAUAUAUGGACGAGUAAUCUAUAGAAUUUCACCAACUCGAGUUGGUGAAAGCAAGGAACAACCACAGAUCUGUGGUUGUUCCUUGCUUUGUUCACAUAUUCAGUGUUGCUAAGAUUAGGAAUUGUUCACCAGAGAAUUCUCUCAGUAUGGCUGAAGGCAUUCGAAGGAAUACAAUCUCAAUAUCUGCUUGAAAAGUUCACAUCCAGUUUCUGCGAACGGAACUGGUGGUGAUAAAAACUGCAAAGACUGGUCCAGCACCACUAACAACGGAGGCAAACUGACACAGAUGUUGCGGAUAGAGUGUUUGGUGGACUUUAUGACGACAAUGAUGCAGCUAUAAAAACUCUACAACUGCGAUUUUUUCACUGGAUUGUUAUUAACUCUUUUUAGUGUAUAUAUGUACUCUUUUAUUCUGAGUCAUUUUUAACUUGUUUGAUUAUUGUUUCCUUACAAAUAUAUGCAUUUAUGUCGACUAA